AUGGCUGACCACGACAUCGUCCACUCCUUCAAAUCCACUAUCGGUUCGAAUCUGCAGGGCUCGUAUGCUCAAGUCCAUGUACUACUCAUCGCCUGGGAGGAUCACGACCUCGGUGACGUUGACGGCGAAAUACGAGAUCUGCGCGCCUUAUUCGAGCAGGACUACCACUACAGCAGUGUCGCCUUCUUCCGCAUCCCAGUCAAGGGUCCUUCGCGCGCGAGGCUUAACAGAGAAAUAUCCAGCUUCGUUGAAGAGCAAUCCUUCCCGCAAGAUUCCCUCAUAAUCGUUUACUACGCUGGCCAUUGUAGUCCCGACGCGCAGGGACAGGCUGAGUGGGCGGCCUUUGAGCUGGGUGGACCAACAGUGUCUUGGCAUGUGACCCAGCAGUUGCUCUUCUCAGCUCCCGGCGAUGUGCUUCUAAUUCUUGACUGCUGCCACGCCUCUCUCAUCACGCGUGGCUCUAAGGAUGGUGAUGGCCGAUUUGAAUUGAUAGCCGCGUCAGCUAAAGGGGCCAAGACUCCUGUUCCGGGACGGAGGUCCUUUACGAGAGCCUUGAUUAGGCUGCUGAAGGAGAACUCCAGUACUGGAAUCUCAUCAGAGAACCUUGCUUCAGAAUUGAGAGAGGACCCGAAAGUUACUGAAACCCCGGUAUUUCAUGACUUUGUGAGGAAAUCACCUACCAAAAUCUUUCUCCAGCCUCUCCAGCCUCCAGCUGUGACAGAGGGCUUUGUUAAAAAGCCAUCUGGCUACCUCGUUUUCCGAGCAUCACUCUCAGAUGACGUGACGGGUCUGCAAAUUGCAACAUGGCUCAAGACAGCCCCUCCCAAAAACGUCACCGCCGUCAGUAUCGAAGCAAUCGUCAGUCGCGCGCGUCGCAUACAGGAUGCUCUCAAAGAUGGAGCCUUUCCACAGGGCUCUGUUUUCGAGCAAUUAUCUAAGCCUGCUAGAGACGAGAUCGUCAAAGGAAUCCGUAGGCUGAACACCACCAUGGCAACCACCGAGGAAUAUGCAAAAGACGACACCACAAAAGACGAAAAUGAAGUCAUUCAACAGUCAUUGGUUGAGAUUCAUGAUAGAGUCUCAACGCUGAGUACUGCUAUUGAAACACCACUACUCCUAGACACUGUCGGUAGCAGAAGUCCGGAAUCGACACAAGAGACCCCAGAUGCUGGGAUUAUGGCUGCUGUCGACGUGGAUGCUGCUCUUCAUUUACGCAAAGCCAUCAUGAACCAAGAUCCGUCUGGCUAUAGUCGUGAGAUAAGCCGUGACAAGAUCUUGGAAUCCCUGAAAAGAAGCAGCUCUACAGACAAUCUAUCCAGUCGUUUCAAAAUGGGGAGUAUGGACGGCCGAUUUGUCAUCAUGGAGACCUACAAGUACGGGGAAUCCGAGGGCAACAGCGGUGAACCGCAACCUCAAACGCUACAACAAGCUCGUAAGAUUACGGGUUUGCUAUGCCACCCAAAGCGUAAAGAGUUCCAUAUCCUACCAUGCGCGGGCUUCUUCCGUGACAGGCUCCGUAAAGAGCUGGGCAUAGUAUUCUGGUGUCCGCCCAUGUUUGGGACUGGAAGCAAGGUUGUGACGCUCCUCCAGUUGUACAAGAUGCAUCGACUUGUUCCUCUUGGUCAACGGAUCCAUCUCGCUUGGGCAGUAGCUACAGCGAUUGAGAACUUUCAUCGCGUUGGCUGGGUACACAAAGGCAUCCGAAGUGACAACAUUGCCUUCACAGAAGUAGUCCCGAGCCCUGGAUCCGAUUUGAGUGACGGCGAUGCAGAUUCGCCAUUUGUCGACCGCUUCGACUUCAGCAAGCCCCUGCUCUUUGGGUUCGAGUACUCUCGUGCCGACGACGAGGCAACAUACCUGGAGGAAGAUUACUCGCUCAACAAUAACCUCUAUCGACACCCCGAUCGAUGGGGUCGCCCAAGAACCCGAUUCGAGAAAGGCCAUGACGUGUACUCGCUGGGCGUCGUGCUGUUGGAAAUCGCCCAGUGGAAAGAAGCUACCUCUAUCCUCAAGUCCUUCUUAGAAACUAAACCGCUGGUUCCUUCAGAUGUUCUCAAGGCUCUAAUUGGAAAAUGCGGCAAAUCUCUCUCGCACCAGGUUGGUCGCGUCUUUGCACAGUGUAUUGUUACUUGCUUGGAAUUUCCUAUGCGGACCAAAUCAUUGAGCGAGUAUGAGAUGCAGAGAUACUUCCAGCGAAAUGUUACAGAGCUACUAGGAAAGGCCGUGUUGAAGGUUUAA